AUGUCUACAGCCAGUCACAAACCAAAACUGACAGGUUGGGCUGCUGCUGCCGCGAAAGCCGCUCCCAAACCUAGCAUCGCAUUUAACACCUCAGCUACUGCGCCCGUAAACCCUACAAAGCAAAACAAGACCAAAAAUGUCGCUGGUGCAACGCCAGCCAAGUCCCAUGCAUCUCACACCGCUUCUGGUCCCAAAAGGACGAAAAAACCCGUGUCCAGACCUCCAUUUAAUUCUGAACUGGUUAUCGGUUUUUUACAGGCCAACUACACACAGCACGCUACAAGUCCUAACGCUGUGACCUAUUCCAGACCCACAUCGCAGAGCUCUCCCGACUGGGGGAUCACGACCAAUAACAGGUGGAAAUCCAAAAAAUACGCAUGUUUGAAUGACGUGGCGCGCUCUCUGAAGAACUGA